AGGGUAGUGCAGCCCCGCUCGUCCCGCCCGCGAUCCGGGACGAGGAUCCGCGGCGGUACCUGGAGGCGGCCCCGCCCCAGUGCCAGGAAGGGAGAGACCGGCGGGGCGGGAGGGGAGGGAGCGGCCGGAUCCGGCGGAGGGGACGGGACGGGACGGGGCUGCAGCCCCGCAGAGCCCGCGGGACGCUGCCGGCAGCCGGCCAUGGCUUUCGGGAAGGCUCCGAAGGACCCGUUCGGCACCGCCGUGGGCAGCCUGGUCGAGCGGGCGACGCUCGGAUCGCUGCAGACCGAGGAGUGGGGGCAGUUCAUGCACAUCUGCGACCUGAUCAACGCCACGGAGGAGGGGCCUAAAGAUGCAGUUAAGGCACUAAAGAAAAAGCUUGCAAAAAACUGUAACCAUAAGGAGAUCAGGCUCACCCUGUCUCUGCUUGACAUGUGUAUGGAGAACUGUGGCCCAAGAUUCCAGUCUUUAGUUGUGAAGAAAGAUUUCUGCAAAGACAAGCUGGUGAAAUUACUGAACCCAAGAUACAAUCUGCCAAUUGACAUGCAGGAGAAAAUCUUGACCUAUAUCAUGACGUGGGCCCGAGGUUUGCAAGGAAUGGUGGAUGUGAGUGAAGUAAAAGAAGUUUACCUGGAAUUGCUGAAGAAAGGAGUGGAGUUUCCAUCCCCUCACACCAACAGUGGUGGACCUAAGACACCUCGGUCUUCUACAAAGUCAUCACCCUCCUCUGCUUGUCCUGCCAAACGUUCCUUCCUGCCUCUUCCCACGGGCCCAACGCUGUUGUUGACUCCAGAGCAGGUUGGGAAACUGUACAGUGAACUGGAUAUGGCAAAAAUGAACGUGAGAGUCAUGUCAUCGAUAUUAAAAGAAAAUGCUCCUGGCUCUGAAAAUCCAGAUGAUAUGAAUCUUUUACAGAAACUGUAUAAGACCUGUCGGAUGAUGCAGGAGAGGAUCAUGGAAUUGUUGGUGACAGUGGAGAAUGAAGAUGUGAUAGUUGAGUUAAUACAAGUAAAUGAAGAUCUGAAUAAUGUCCUCCUGGGACAUGAAAGGUUCUCUCGAAACAGAGUUCGUUUUCUGGAGAACCAGAGAAUACAACGUGAACGUGAAGAGCUGUACAGGAAACAGCCAUCUGCUCCCUCAAGUGAUCUACUUGGCCUCUCCAUAGAUUCUCCACCUCCUGUGGCAGCAGUGGUGCAGGCUGACUCUGCAGUGGCUCCUUCAGGCCCUAAUGGCAUAUCUGCCCACCCUGAAGAUAAAAACAGGCAUCAUCCAUCAAUUUAUCCACAGCUGGAUUCAGCAACUCCUACAAAAGCUCAGCAAUCCCCAUUUGCAACUGAAGCACAAAACCAUAAUGUGAACAGCCCAGCUGGACAUACCUAUAGCAAUCUGGCAACUCUUUUAAGCCCAGUGCCUCUGAACCCAAUAAAUGUGAAGGCUGGACAGACACCAUUGAAUGGACCAUCACCAGCAGCUGCAUCAAAGAACAAGUCACAAUCACCUCAUUACUAUGAGAUAAUGGAAUUUGAUCCCUUGGCUCCCACUGAAGCUAUUUAUGAAGAAAUCGAUGAUGUGCUGAAGACAGACGUUAAAAAGAGCACAGACUGCUGAGGGUGGAGGGGGAGUCUUGUCCUGACCACGUUAUUCUCUGGUGCUGGUCCUGUGCAGCGCUUCCUGUAACCUACAAGUGAAUAACACAAGAGGUUUGGGCACAACAAAUAAUUAGUAUUGGAGUACUAAGCUGUGUGCAAGCUGAAGAGUUAGUUGGAUCUAACACCUUGACAAUUUGUCCUAAAUGUUCAGCUGUGUAUUCUUCACGGUGACUUGCAUGGUUAUUUUGAGGUAUUUGGGGGGGGGGGCUUUAAAAUAUGACUUCUAAAUUCACCUGUGUAGGAGGUAACACUUGACACCUGACACAAGUAAACAAAAAGGACGCUACAUUUACGAAAACUGCAGAAUCCAGUUUCUGUUUUGGCCUCACUGCUCUCUGUGUUCACCUCCCUGGAAAUUUAUAAGGGGGUUUUGAUAUACAGGACUUCUUUCUAAAAUUGGGCCUCUUCGGAGAGAUCUGAAGACACAGUGUUAUUUUUCUACAAUCAUAUCCUGAAUACACAUUUUCUUUUUUUUUUUUUUUUAUUUCCUUCCUAAAAUCCCCCAACAUAGAGAACCAAAGCUGGGACACGAGGUGCUGUCAUCCACGAUUAACAGAACAGAAAAAAACUGCCUGUUCCUAUGUUGUUGUUGUUGUUGCUUUUAUUUACUCAGUAAAUAUUGAAGGGGGAUCAAUUAUUUCUCUCAAUGUUCCUGCCCUGCAGAGAUUGUUCUGGUGAAGGAAAAAUUAAUUAUCUACAAUGCAGAUGAGCAGUAGUUAUCCAUUUACUUUAAUUAAGUUGUUUAACCCUGUUAAUAACAGUUUUAUCUUUUAAUAAUUACAGUGCCUUAUCUAUUUUAAUGCUGAAUGUAAACUAUGCACUUUAACAGGUAUAGUUCUCUGAAUUUAUAGUUGAUAUAAAAUUUGAGGACAUAGUUCAUGUUCAUAGCAGAUAAGCUAAUUUUUUGUGAAAUACUGCAUUUUAAACAUUCCUUAUGUUAACUGUUUAAGGGAUAAGUUCUCAGCUGGUUUUGCAAUUUUUGUAGCAUAAAAUUCCAAAUAAAGGCAAAUGCUUACUGAGAAGCUAACUCUC